CUCCCAACUGCCUUCUCGUACCUAGACUUUGGGCUGCUUUCCAGAUACCUGCAUAAGCAAGCCCUUGUCACUACCACCCAUUCCUACCUGCACCCUUUUUCCUCUUUGCCACCGUGUUCCUUAAUCCUUCCCUCCCACCUCCACCCUCUCGUGCACAAUGUAUAAAGGAUGGAAAAAGUACUACGGCCCGAAGUCUCUGAAUGAGGCAUCAAUGGAUGAAUAUUUAGGCAGCUUAGGGCUGUUUCGGAAGCUGACUGCCAAGGAUGCCUCUUGCCUCUUUCGGGCUGUUUCGGAGCAGUUGUUUUGCAGCCAGGUCCAUCAUUUGGAAAUCAGGAAGGCUUGUGUUUCAUAUAUGAGAGAAAAUCAACAAACUUUUGAGUCUUAUGUAGAGGGAUCUUUUGAGAAAUACCUGGAACGGUUGGCAGAUCCCAAGGAAAGUGCUGGCCAGCUGGAAAUAAGAGCUCUUUCUCUAAUUUAUAAACGGGAUUUCAUUGUUUAUCGCUAUCCCAGAAAGCCUCCAAUUUACGUCACAGAUAACGGCUAUGAAGACAAGAUUCUACUCUGCUAUUCAAGUAAUGGACAUUAUGAUUUAGUACACUCAAAAGAGUUUCAGUCAAGUGCUGCUGUUUGUCAAGCUGUAUUGUAUGAAAUUCUCUAUAAAGAUGUGUUUGGUGUGGAUGAAGAAGAGUUGAAGACUGCAGUUCAGUUGUUUCGAAGUAGUUCCAAAAAGAACAGAAACAAUGUGACUGGCAGUGAGGAUAACCUUACUGACUCCAAGAGUUCAACUCAGGAUAGGACUGAAGAGUUAGGUGCCUGCUGCGAUGCUGAAAAUAUACCAGAGGAGUACAAUGAAGGAACAGAUGAAGCAAAGUCUCCAGGAAACCAAUCAAAGAUGCCCUUCCCCUAUAAGGUGCUCAAAGCCCUGGAUCCGGAAAUCUAUCGUAAUGUAGAAUUUGAUGUUUGGUUGGACAGCAGAAAAGAACUUCAAAAAUCUAAUUACAUGGAGUAUGCUGGGAGACAGUACUAUUUGGGAGACAAGUGUCAGGUUCACUUGGAUUCAGGUGGAAGAUACUAUAAUGCUCAUAUUCAGGAAGUUGGAAAUGAGAAUAAUUCAGUAACAGUCUUCAUUGAAGAAUUGGCAGAAAAGCAUGUUGUUCCACUGGCUAACUUAAAACCAGUUACCCAAGUGUCAUCUGUUCCUGUCUGGAAUCCUGUGCCUGUUCAGAAAGGAAGAGGUUACCAGAAAACUUCGGGGAUCUAUGGCCCAGAAAUGGCUACGUCAGACGUGAACAUGAAGCAACGGAAGAAGAUGUUCAAGAAAGUUAGAGGAAAAGAGAUUUAUAUGACUAUGGCUUACAGCAAGGGAGACACUUCCUUCCCACCAAGACUUCAGCAGAGUAUGCGUUAUGGGCGUGGCCACUCACAGACAGCUGGCAAUACUAUGUCUAGUGAACAUUCUCAUCCUCAGCAUUCAUCUCAGAGACUCAGUUGGGUAUAUGGGAUGCCCAGGGAUUCAUCUCGCUUUAUGAACAUGCACAAUAUGGAGGGCCCGAAAGUUGGUUUUUACCCUGGCCCAGGUAAAAAGUGCUGCCAGAGCUAUGAUAACUUCUCCUAUAGAUCUCGUUCCUUUAGGCGUAGUCAACGCCAAAUGCAUUGUGUGAAUAAGGAGUGCGCGUAUAGCUUUGCUCCCCAGAAUGGGCAGAUGCCCAGGGGCUUGGAAGAAACCAUUACUUUUUAUGAAGUUGAAGAAGGGAGUGAGACUGCUUAUCCAACUAUACCUAAUCAUGGAGGACCCUCUACAAUGGUUCCUGUUCCUUCGAGAUACUAUGUUGCAAGGCAAGGACAUAGCUCAGGCACACAGACUUUGAAUUCAGAGGAGGGCAAUGACCAGAAUAACAAUGGGAGAUAUGAAGAAUAUAUUUAUCCUUCAGAACCAGACUAUGAAACUUCAGAUGUUUAUAGCACAACUGAAUCUACGGCAAACUUGUGGAGGUCUACAGGAGGGCUCUGCUCAGGGACUCAGGCUGAUGGAAGCUCCAUCCAUGAUUGCCAAGGCAGGAAACAAAAGUCUCUUCAGGACAGAGGACCAUGUUCUAUGUCUUCUCAGGACACAGUUACCUCAUACAACUACCCCCAGAAGGUGAUGGUAAAUUCUGCAGCAAUUGCAGCUUCCUGUGCCAAUAAUGUUCCAGCUUCAGUCUUACCAAACUGUGCAGCAGCUAAUCAAGCUAGUAAUACCACUUCAGUUCCCUCAGAGAAUGUUAUGCAGCCUCUAUUUGUAUCUCCACCUACACAAGGCAGGCCAGUGAUCACCUCACCAUCCUGUCCAUACCUCUCUGCUCCUAUUCCUGCUGCCUAUCUACCACCACCACCUCUUUUUCCUCCUCUUCCUUCUUCUCCUCGUCCUCCUCCUCCUUCCUCUUCUCUUUAUCCUCUUGAGGUGGGAGAGGCUUCAAAUUUACCACCUCCACCUCUACCUCUUCCACCUCCACCUCCACCUCCACCUUAUUCCUGUGAUCCAAGUGGCAGUGAUCUGCCUCAAGAUACAAAAGUUCUGCAGUACUAUUUCAAUCUGGGAUUGCAGUGCUAUCACCACAACUACUGGCACUCCGUGGUCUGUGUGCCAUAUAUGCACCAGGAGCAGCAGCUUCAUGUAGAGAAUUAUCCAGGCUCUACUGAGACACCUUCUCUGGCAGACCAAACCAGUUCUCAGUUGUACAGUGAGGUGGAGAGUCAAGAUGGCACACAGGCAGAAGCAUCAGCAAGUGAUACUUUUCCAAAUGCUGACCCUGCAUCUGUGCCUCAUGGAGCAGUCUAUUAUCCAGUGAUGUCAGAUCCUUUGGGGCAGCCAUCUUUGCUGGGUUUUGAAUCCUGUCUUCCUGUUGUGCCUGAUUAUCCCUAUGGUGUCCCUUGGCAUCCAGUUGGUGCAGCAUGUGGUGGUUCUUGUCAUAUUCAUGGUACUAUGAGACCUGGCCCAGUUGGCUAUAUUGCUUCACCUCCAUUAGCUUCUCAUCAUGUACCUCAGAAUAUGUAAGAUUCAGCAGUAUGAAGCAUUCUUAACACUGCCAUUUUUCUUGCUGUUUUGUUUUUUAAAAAUUGUUUUAUGUUAGUGUUUGAGUUAGGUGGUUAGAGUGGUUACUAUUAUAUUUGUCUUUAAAAUUAUUUUAUCUUCUGGGUUAAAAUAGUACUUUAAAAUAAAGGAGUAUUACUCUGGGUUGUGGAUAAGGAAAUUGAGGUGGAUGUGCAGCUAGCCCCAUACUCAGCAUACUUCAUUGUAUUCAACUGUUUUCCUAUCAGCAGGCUUGUCAACUUUGUAUUAACUGAUGGUACCAACUGACAAAAAGAAUAAAUCACAUGAACUAUAUCCUUGGUUCAGAUAUUACAUACCAUAUUAAACCAUGAAAAGUGCAACAACUGCUUUUUUAAGAAACCAAGAGCAUUUGCUUCUGGGUAACUAGCAGUAUUGAAUUCUUUCUUAAUUGUCUGAACUGAGUUGUGUUCUGUGAUAACCAUUUUGAAGGUACAUGGUGCUCUGCUUUAGAUUUAUCCCAUAUGCUCUGUUUAAUACUGGAUUUAUGUAAAGGUUUUACUGCACAGUACUGAAUUGGUGUUCUUUGCAGUUAGCAGUGAAUAAAAUUUGCAUUUAAAAUUGCUAAAAUUAGUGGGAUUUUCUUUUCGCUUUUUCCUGGCAGCAAAGAGUAACAGACAUUUGAUUGUUCCAGUAUGUUUUCUUCCACUGGUACUUUGGUUGCAAAACAACAAAUUUAUAACAAGAAUUGAUGGGACCAGUUGAAAUAUUAUUGGAUCGUAAGAUACUGCAAUGCAUGUACUACCAUAUCUAGUUGUUUUCCCUUGAGAAUGUUUCUUUUUAGGUUACAUUUUUUUAAGUCUGUUUACUUCCUUGUGGAACUUUGAUCUAGACUUACUUUCUCAUUGUCCUGUACUUCUAGUUGUUGUUGUAUCUUUCAGUUUUUGUUUUUAGACUUGUAUCUCUCCAGGCCUGCCUUGUCUCUGACUUUGUGAGACGUAUUUCAUCAGCCUUUCUGCCUUCUCCCUUUCAUCUACCUGAAGACCACAAGAUUCUUCUGAAUCAUUUCUCAGGACUAAUUGAUGAUGAAUGCUUUGCUGUUUCUCACCUGACAAACAUCUAUUUAAAGUGUAUUCUUUGGUUGCCACAAAAAUUAUUUAUAUUGCCUUAAUAUUUAUAAAGUCUUUAUAUUAAGAUGAUUAA